UUUCUGGAUUUAGGGGUGGGACUAAGAAGACACUGAGUUUGCUUAUAAGGUCCCAAGCGAUGGUCAUGCAAUUGUGGCUUGCAGGGAGACAGUCAGCAAUCUGUGCAAGAUCCUUUAAAGAUCAAGGAGGUUGUUCAGGCUCCUGAAUUCCUGAAGUAAGAAAGAGUAGCAGAGAAACAGAACCACCAUGAGCACUGCAGGCAAAGUCAUUAAAUGCAAAGCAGCUGUUGCUUGGGAGAUUAAGAAACCCCUGGUCAUUGAGCAAAUUGAAGUAGCUCCUCCAAAGGCUCGUGAAGUUCGCAUUAAGAUUUUGGCCUCAGGGAUCUGUCGCUCAGAUGACCAUGUGCUCAGCGGUGCAUUUGCUAUGCCCCUUCCAAUGGUUUUGGGCCAUGAAGCAGCUGGAGUUGUGGAGAGUGUUGGAGAGGGAGUAACUUGUGUGAAACCAGGAGACCAUGUUAUCCCUCUCUUUGUCCCACAGUGUGGAAACUGCAAUUCUUGCCGAAAUACCAGAGGCAACCUUUGUUCUCAAAAUGACAUUAGUGAACCUCGUGGUUUAAUGCCUGAUGGCACCAGCAGGUUUACUUGCAAAGGGAAGAACCUUCACCAUUUCAUUAGCACCAGCACCUUCACAGAAUACACGGUGGUGCAUGAGACUGCAGUGGUCAAGAUCGAUGCUGCUGCCCCUCUGGAAAAAGUGUGUCUGAUCGGCUGUGGGUUUUCCACUGGUUAUGGAGCAGCUGUUCAAACAGCCAAGGUGGAACGUGGUUCUACGUGUGCUGUCUUUGGCUUGGGAGGAGUCGGUCUCUCAGCUGUCAUGGGAUGCAAGGCUGCAGGAGCUUCCCGAAUCAUUGGUAUUGACAUCAAUAAAAAUAAAUUUCCUAAAGCUAUGGAGGUGGGAGCCACUGAGUGUGUCAACCCACUAGAUUACAAGAAACCCAUCAAUGAAGUACUGUUUGAUAUGACUGGUGGUGAAGGUGUAGACUAUUCCUUUGAAGUGAUCGGACGCACAGAUACCAUGACAGCUGCUUUGGCUUCCUGCCACCAGAACUAUGGAACCAGCGUAAUUGUGGGCGUGCCUCCUUCAGCAUCUGAGAUCACCUUUAGCCCAAUGCUUCUUUUCACUGGCCGUACCUGGAAAGGAUCUGUGUUUGGAGGCUGGAAGAGCAAGGACUCUGUCCCUAAACUGGUUUCUGAUUACAUGGGGAAGAAGUUUGUUCUGGAUCCAUUAAUUACUCACACUUUACCUUUUGAGAAAAUCAAUGAAGGAUUUGAACUGCUCCGAACUGGAAAGAGCAUCCGUACAGUCUUGACAUUUUAAAAUCUUGAAUAAGAUUGGACUGGCAAUAGCUGAAGAUCGUUCUACACAGCUUUUCUACUGAAUCACACAUGUUGGCCUUUUUGUUUUUUCUGUUCUAAUACUCACCCCUGCUUAAUGGACCAAAUGAAUGCUGGAUACCAGAUGGAAAUUCUAGAAUUUAUUAAGAGAUUUGAUUGUAUUAGCUUUGCUAACCUAUAAUGGGUUAGAUCAACAAAGCUAGGAAGUCUAUGUCAUCAGCAGUUAUCGUUUUGAUAAAUGGCCACUGUGUUUAUCUUGUAUACAUUUGAGGUUUAAGUAGAAGCGUGAGCUCAUAUCUCUUGUAUUUCAUGGUCUUCGUGUUUAUAAUUGGUUUUGUCUCUUCUCCCAUAUAUCUGCCAACUUAGAUAUUCAUGGAUCUGAUCAUGCGAACUCUGAUUCCUGAAAGCUAAUGCCAUCAUGAAUAUAUUAGUCUGAAAAUUAAAAAGUUUCCUUUUUGUUUUGUGAUGCUCUAUCCCUUUGGAAUUUGUUAUUAAACUAAAAAAUGUUCUGUGACUGCCAAGUUAAAAAUAUAUAUAUAUUAUACAGCUGAUAAGUUAGUUGUCCAGGAGAUGGCAGAAGUCAUCUCUCUAAUGUAGACAUGCCUUCUUGUCCUUGUGAAAUAUUUCUUCAUAAUAAUCUCCCCUCCCCCUCAAAUAAAUACUUAAUUCUCAA